GAGAGUCAGAUCCCGUCGAUCGGAACAUCUAUCCCGACCUUCCCACGGAGCGGUUAACAGAUCUCCGCCCCUUUUAGCACCACUCCACAGAAAUCUUCGGACUGGUCCCUAAUACACACGGUGCUGCUCCCUUGACCGCACCGCCAUGCCGUGCUUCAAGGGCCUUGCGGUCAGCAUACACACUCCUGAGGGGCCCCUCCCCGAACACUCGGUUCAGCGCCAGUCGCGGGCGUCGCGGAUAGCCUGUUACAUCCCAGUCCCUCCCCCUAAGAUCUCCGAUGCAGGGAAAGCCGAGCAAUCGACUUUUGCCAUCUCGAUCACGCUCCUGAACCCUGGUCAGAACGUGCCCUAUUCCACCCCGAAACCCACGCCGGACAACCCGUCACCGAAGCCCAAGGUAGUGGGUGGACUUCCUGGACAGACGGCUGAGCGGGGGAAGUAUGGCCCGAUCAUAGGCCCCUAUCAACCAUUGACCAAUUCUCCGAACGAAACCGUGGCCGCUUACAUAUAUUUCGACGGACGUCAGAAGGAGGAAGUGGCGACAUUACUGAGAAGGGGAGAGGAGACCUGGGUCAACUCGAGAUGGGUCAGUGUACCAGAGUCGGAGGGUGGUGGUCUAGCUGAGCGCGAGUUUUUAUUCCGUGAAGUCGGUCUCGAGCGAUGGCUCAACGGACUUGAUCUCGAAGGCAAGGAUGCUGCCGCCAAGAUUGAGCGAAGGAGACAGAAGAUAGAGAGACAUCGGCAAAAGAAAAAGGCCGAGAGCGACGCAGAGGGGAACGGUGAGAUGGAAAUGGAUGGGAAAUCUACCGCUGACGGAAAAGGCGUCAUGCGAUACGGCAACAACGAUAAAUCACCGCUAGAGGGUCUCUCUGACGAUGAUAUGUCGUCGCUAUCUGGUUCUGAUGACGAUCCAAUUCCGGAAACGACUGGUCAAAUCAAGGUCGCGCUCUUUCGAGUACUAGCAUCUGGGGAAAUCAAGAGGGGAGAAUACUCUCCGCAAUUCGAUGCUCACGACGACGACGAUGAUUCUCAAGGUGGACAAGGGGGAGGAGCAGAUGCGGAUAUCGACCAUACCACCAGUUUCGCCAAGCCCAAAACGCUCGACCCCAAGACCAUCAGUACCCAGACAGUCACUGGAAUUGAUCCGACAGACAAGCCAUAUGCUAUAUUUACGUUUAUGUAUCGAGGAGAACGCCAACUGCAGAAGAUGGGCAUCCUCAAAGAUCCAAAGUCGCAAGACACUCCUGGUUCCACGAAGAGGCGAUCGUUACAGCCAGACUUUUCCAAUCUUGGCCCACUAAAGCCCGGUGGCACAGUCGGCUUCCUGAACUUCAGAGACAAAGAUGCCAACAAAGGGAAGCGAAAGUCAAAGAAGUCCAGCGCAAGCGACAUGGAUAGUGAUGACGACGACGAUGAUGAUUUAAUAAUCCACAAGGCUGAGGAUGAGGAAGCGAAAGAUGCGGAUGUGGAGCUUACUGCUGAGGAGCUCAGGCGCCAGGGAGAGCUUGCGGAGGGUGUGCGGAAGAUCAAGCUCAAACGCCAACACUCGUCGGAAGCUGUUGGUGGAGAGGGUGAUGCCACAAAUUCCAAUACACCCGCUGCCGGUUCCACGCCACCGGUAUCGACGACCCCUCCAAACGCUUCUGGCAUCCCAUCUGGGCUUGCGGAAACGAAAAAGUCAGCAGUUGAUUCCCUGGAUAGUGCCUUUGUCGGGAGCCCCUUGAAGAAGCAGAGAGCGAGCGUAUCCGGAGCGGACGAGGACGGAUUACUGAAGCGCAUGGGUUCCGGGCUUACCAGCAACAUCGGUGAGGUCCUGGGAUCAUCAAAGGUUUCUGAUGGUGGAGCAAAUCCCAGUGCAACCAGUGCAUUUGGUGGUAGCCUGGGACAACCCCAACCCACUCAGCAACCGAAACAGGAGGAAGACGAGGAAGAAUUGUGAUUCUUGGACGCGUCCAAUCUCUCCUUUUUCUGGUCCAAUUGGUUGGCACUAGACGACUGCUUUGCUUUUUUUAUAUCCUUUUAUCCGUCCGUCGGGUUUGGAG